AUGAAGGUGCACGUCCGGCAGUGGCACGCGAUCGCGCAGUGGCAGUGGGACACGGGCAAGGCGGGGGACGCGGCGGAGGAGGAGGACGUGUGCGGGAUCUGCCGCGUGCCGUUCGAGGGCUGCUGUCCGUCGUGCAAGGUCCCCGGCGACGACUGUCCGCUCAUCUGGGGCGAGUGCAGCCACGUCUUUCAUAUGCACUGUCUGCUCAAGUGGAUCGGGACGCCGGCGUCGAAGCAGCAGUGCCCGAUGGACCGCAGACCGUGGGUCACCGCGGAGAGAAAGGUGGCCCCACCGCCGACGAACGGUGGUUAG